GACAUGUUGGAGGUGGGUACUUUUGGAGGACCCUACCUUGAAGAUAUUUUCAUAUAAGAAUAAACAUAUAAGAUUUUAUCUGUUCAUGCAGUUCGGACCACUUAAAAAUAAGUGUAACAUUUUAUUAAAGUGUCACCAAAUAUGAAACCACAUAUAUUAAGUAAUGAGAAAUGACGAGUGAAUUUUCGAGGCAACGCGUUCUCAUUUUUACUGUUACUUGAACAGUAAAAUACACGUUGGGCCCACACGUGGGCGGCGACCAUCCGAUAUUUACGGACCACAUAUUAUAUUCAUCUUGGUUUAGAUAAUAUUUAUAUGAUGGUGUAAAUUAAUGUUGAGCCAUAAAGUUGGCCUUUCAAUCAAACAAGGUCCCAUUAUCGGUAUAGUUAAUUAAUCAGAUAACAGUCCGAAAUAAAUUCCGGGGACCACUAAAUUAAAGUUGGGUAAUAUAUAAUCAUUUUAGAAGCCAAUAUUAAUUGGAAGAAUGAUAUAUAUUUUAUUUGACCCGAUUAAAUAAAAUAUAAUUAAAACAGUCCAGAAAAUACAACUUUCGGGACCGAAUGUACACUUUGGGACAUAAAGGGAUGACCUCCCACAUGGGUGGGGGCCACCUACGAAAUUAUUCAGCAAAGUAGACAAAAGGAUGGCUGUACAAUGGUAGGAAGGAGAUGAGAAGUUGACUUGAAGUGAUAAGCAUGAAUGAGAGACAUAUGUGGACCCUUUUCCUUUAUUAUUAUUGGUGGUAUGAGCCAAAAUGCAUCAAUCUCUCUUCCCCCCAAUCACCCACUCGGCCAGCACCAUCAAGAGGAGAAGAACAUCUGCAAACACACCUCCAUAGCCAAGAAAAAACCGAGCUCAAGGUUGAAGAAGACUCAAGGAAGAAGAAAGGCUUGGGAAAGAAAAGAAAAACUUAGAAAAAUUAAGGAAUUUUACCAAGGUAUUCUAGACUUCUCGAGGAAUCUAGGAGUGGCCGGGAAGUCGCCGGAGCCGCCGGAGUUUCGCCGGAAAAUUCCAAAAGUCACCGGAGUUCAAACAAAGAGGAUAAAAGCUUGCUAGCGUCAUUUCGAGGUUGAAGCUAGAGCUUACUUCCUGCACCCGUUGCUCGGGAGAUCGAUGGAGAGAAGACGUGGAAUGGGUGGUAGUGAUAGGGCGGUUCGAGGAAAUCCGAGAGGGCGCGCAUCGGGGAUAACCGGGCAAGCCAAUCGGGGGAUAUCAAGGUCACGUAAAAGGCGAGGUAUGGGCAAUCAAGGCCCACGAACACGAGCUGCGAUGGCUGAUCACAAUGUGACUGAAUUCGAGUCGUGGAACUCGGAGGAUGACUCAACUUAUCACCCUGAAAGCGAGUCAGAUGAAACUUCUUUUCAGGAAAACAGUGGAGAGGAUAUACAUAGUAUUCCUCCUGACCAUGUUAGUGAGAUGUACCGAUGGUACCAACGUAAAAGGGGAAGACAACGACAGGGAUGUCAGGAGGGACUGGUCAGAGGCGAGACCUCUCUCAGGAGGGGUUGGGGUGCUCAUAGAGCACGGGUUAGGACAAUCAGAUGUUCUGAUGGCGAAGAACCAUUCUUUAAGAUCUCAAAAUACCUCAAAGAGGCUAGAGCCUUGGGGUGCAAACCAUUUGAUGGGAUGGAGGACAUAUCGGAAGCAGCCGAGUGGAUAAAAAGGUUAAAUGAUGCAGCUGAUGACAUGCAGGUGGUCCCUGAACGAAAGUUAAGGGUAGCCACUAGAUUAUUGGAGGGUUUAGCUUCUACUUGGUGGGAGGGCACCAAGGGUAAGUUUGACGGGGUUGUCACGUGGGACAACUUCGAGCAAACAUUUUAUGAGCAGUUUUACACCACUUUCGAAGUAAAUCGAAAGAGGAGGGAAUAUAUCGAUCUCAAACAGGGAAAUGAGUUUACGGUGAAGCAACUGGAACAAAGAUUCCGACAUCUGGCAAGGUUCUUGCCUGAGUAUGCCGCAAAUGAGAACCGAAUGGCAAACCAUUUUUGGAAUGCACUCAAUUUGGAAAUACGCGAAAGAGCGACCUACCAAUUCGACAUGACUUUUAGUCAAGUAGUAGCCCAAGGUCUCCAGGGGGAGGAGCUUUGGAAGGAAAGGCAAGCAAGGGAUGCAAAGGAAGCACAAGAAAGAGAUCAGGUGAUGAUUCACCCUCCACGACGAGAGGGGAAGUAUGAACCUCAGAGCAAGGGGGACUCUAACAAGUUAGUUCCGUUUUUCAGUGAGAGUCAGAACUUGGUAAGUCAAAGCUCAAGCACUCGGGGCACGGGGGCACCCAAAUGUGAGAAUUGUAGGCGAAGGCACUACGGGAGAUGUCGAGAGCCAUCUAGAUGUUACUUUUGUGGAGAAACAGGCCACAUUAAGGUUCUUUGUCCUCAACGUACGCGUGAAGGAACAUCAGAAGCUAGAGGAGGGGUCACGGGGGUUGAAAACCCAACUAGGGUUGCCUCAAACAUGGUACCUUCUACAAGUCAAUGGCGAACUCGCUCGUGAAGGCCGGGAAUGGCGGAAGCCAUUUGUUAGGCCCGACCAUGGCAUAAGUCCAGAAAAUACAACUUUCGGGACCGAAUGUACACUUUGGGACAUAAAGGGAUGACCUCCCACAUGGGUGGGGGCCACCUACGAAAUUAUUCAGCAAAGUAGACAAAAGGAUGGCUGUACAAUGGUAGGAAGGAGAUGAGAAGUUGACUUGAAGUGAUAAGCAUGAAUGAGAGACAUAUGUGGACCCUUUUCCUUUAUUAUUAUUGGUGGUAUGAGCCAAAAUGCAUCAAUCUCUCUUCCCCCCAAUCACCCACUCGGCCAGCACCAUCAAGAGGAGAAGAACAUCUGCAAACACACCUCCAUAGCCAAGAAAAAACCGAGCUCAAGGUUGAAGAAGACUCAAGGAAGAAGAAAGGCUUGGGAAAGAAAAGAAAAACUUAGAAAAAUUAAGGAAUUUUACCAAGGUAUUCUAGACUUCUCGAGGAAUCUAGGAGUGGCCGGGAAGUCGCCGGAGCCGCCGGAGUUUCGCCGGAAAAUUCCAAAAGUCACCGGAGUUCAAACAAAGAGGAUAAAAGCUUGCUAGCGUCAUUUCGAGGUUGAAGCUAGAGCUUACUUCCUGCACCCGUUGCUCGGGAGAUCGAUGGAGAGAAGACGUGGUUCGUGUUUCCUCUCGUUCCAUUUUUAAAUAAUUAAAUAAUGCUCAUGGAACUAUUUUGACUUAUAAAUUAAUGGAGCCUGCGAGCUCUUGUUUUACCCUUGUGUGGGUUCUUAUUAAACACUUAUAUUCCGCUAUGUGUUUGAUUGUAUGUUGAUGUUGUUAUGUAUGUUUACUAAUCGGUUUUGGCA